AUUCCAACCCAAGGCCGCCGCCCUGCGCUUUACAGCAGGAAUCUGUUCGGUGUAAAUGUAUUAUCGCGGGAUUUUCUGCGUGCUUAUACAAACCCGCUCUUAUCUGUUACUUCCCAGUCCGUGAGCUUGUGUUCAUGGGGAAAGGUUUCCAACAUGCAUUGUAAGCGUUAGCAAUGCUGGGCUGCAGUGUGUGCUGCCUGGCAGGUCUGUGCCUCUAUACAGCUGCAGCCCUGCCUGGGUUUCCUAAGGUGAAGCGAAGCAGUGAGGUGGAACUUGAUUCCCUGCUCCCCAGCAGCAAGGAAGGACUUCAUUCCCUGCGUCCCACUAGCACUUCCGGGAACUUCACAAGUGCGCCACAUAGCAACGCCUUUCUCGACUUCAUCCAGAAAUAUGGAAGAGGAUACAAAGAUGGCAGCCAGGUGUUUCAGGAAAGAUACCAAAUAUUUCUGAAAAGCACAGAAAGGCAGAACUAUCUGAACGCAAUUGCACUCCCUACAAACCUUACAAGUGCCGCACACUAUGGAAUCAAUCAGUUUUCAGACUUGUCAGCUGAAGAAUUUUUUUAUACAUAUUUAAGGAGCUUCCCAACCGGUAAUUACACAUCCAAUAAACCCUUCAAGAAUUCUGCUCAACAAUAUUUUUUACCUUUGCGGUUUGACUGGAGAGACAAAAAGCUUGUGACACCUGUAAAAAAUCAAUUGAGUUGUGGUGCAUGCUGGGCUUUCAGUGUUGUUGGGGCAGUGGAAUCUGCUUAUGCAAUUAAAUGGCACACAUUGGAAGAGCUUAGCGUGCAGCAGGUCAUUGACUGCUCGUAUCUGGAUUCUGGUUGCAACGGAGGAUCCACGAACGGUGCUUUAAAGUGGUUAUAUCAGACAAAGACUAAACUUGUUAGGGCAUCUGAAUACAACUUUAAAGCCAAGACUGGAUUGUGUCAUUAUUUUCCUAAAACAGAUUUUGGUGUUUCAAUAAAUGGAUAUGAAACACAGGAUUUCAGUGGAACUGAAGAUGCAAUGAUGAAGAUGCUGGUUGACCUUGGUCCAAUGGUCGUUAUAGUCAAUGCUGUAAGUUGGCAGGAUUACCUUGGUGGUAUAAUACAGCAUCAUUGCUCCAGUGGAGCACCGAACCAUGCAGUUUUAGUAAUCGGCUACGAUAAAACAGGUGACACUCCUUACUGGAUAGUGAAAAAUUCUUGGGGAACUGCCUGGGGUGCAGAUGGAUAUGUCUAUAUCAAAAUGGGUGAAAAUAUCUGUGGUUACUGGAGUAAAGUCCUCUUGUACUUGAGAAAACAUUCUGUCCCAUCACUGGAAGAAAGAAAGAAAUACAACCACGGCUUUGCAACUUCCACCUCAUUUCAUGGAGUUCAUAAUCUUGUAGAGAAUGGAGGCUCAGGAAAGAACAGCAAAUUCCGUACAGCCAUAUGGACGUCUGUGGUUUCUGUGUUUAUCAUCAUGGCCUGCUGGCAGGUCUGCACUCGGGUCAUCAAUUAUUUUAGCUGGCCAACAACCACUUCGGUAAAUGUUCAGUAUGUGGAAAACAUUGACUUCCCCGCCAUAACCUUCUGUAAUUUAAACAGGUUCCAGACCAAAGCUGUGAACAAUCUCAGUAUCGCAUUUUUCUUGUGGAAUAUUGUGUCUGCUGUUCUUCACUUUACCAGCAUUGCCAGUGAUCCCGGUGAAAUGCAGGAAGUCACGGAUUUUUUGAAACUCAACAAAAACUUCAGCAUUAAAGAGUUUACUAAAAACUAUGGCUUUUAUCUCAACAAUAGUACACUACUGAAAUGCAGCUUUUUUGGCUAUCCAUGUUAUCCAGAGGAUUUUGAACACAUUUUCACAGAAUAUGGAAACUGUUAUACCUUUAAUUACAAUACAGUUUCAAUGAACAAAAGGAUCACAACUGCUGGAAGAGGACUUAGUGUGCUGUUUGAUAUAAAACAGACAGAAUUCACUGAUGAGCCUUCCCUGGGUUUUGUUGAUGCUGGAAUCUCAUUUGUCCUACAUUCACCCCUGGUACCGCCGAGAUUUGAUGGCCUUGGGCUACACAGCCCAGCAGGGAUGCACGCUCACGUUUCAAUGCGCCGGUUCAAGACAGUUAUCCAGGAGCACCCUUGGGGUGAAUGCAAUCCCUCAUUGAAGCUGAAAUACCAUGAAAUUUACAGCACUUAUGGAUGUUUGCAGGAAUGCAAAUCAUAUUACAUACAGAAUGAAUGCGGAUGUAUUCCAUUCCUUCUUCCAGGUAAUGGAAAAGAAUGUGAUCUCCAGCAGCUUUAUAACUGUGUUUCUCGUGCACUUUAUACGAUCGAAAAAUCCGAAUUGUGUUCAAUGGGAACGUACAAUUCUACCUGCCCCGUUCCUUGUGAAGAAACAGAUUUCCCUGCUACAAUUUCCUACUCUACAUUUCCAAGUGACAAAGCUGCACAGUUUCUCUCUGCCAAGCUCAGCAAAAGUGCCCUGUAUAUGAGGAAUAAUUUAGUAUACAUUGACAUUAAGUACCAUGAGAUGAACUACAAGAUAAUGAAGCAGCAGAAAGCCCUCACAGCCUCUGAGCUCCUCUCUAACAUCGGUGGCCAGCUGGGACUGUUCUGUGGCGCAAGUAUGAUUACAAUCAUAGAGGUUCUAGAAUACCUAUUUACAAACUCCUAUUGGAUGUGUGUCUUUAUACUUCUAAAAACUCCCAGAGCGCCUGAAUAUACUAAUAAUCAGCCAAGGUAUCGGGAAGAGAUUCAAGAAUGUUAGGCUCUCAGCUAUUAGUCAUGAUCUGUAAUUUCAUUUCUAAAUAUUUUUUGCUUUGUAGAAAAGACAGCAAUAUUUCUGCAAAUGCUUUCAAGGAAAGAUGUCUAAAAUAUAAAUGCGGUACUAAGAUUAACAGGAUAUGAAAUAUUUUGGGUACGUCAUUAGAAGGUGUUUUUACGGUUUAGAUAAGUGCACAUUUUAAAAUAAAUAAUUUUAUGCCAGUGU